UUUCGCGCUACUCCGAUCCAUGCGUUUCUUGCGUGCCAAUCCCAGAAAUGGCAGACGACAAUGAUUUUGACAAAACGGACUAUUCCGAGGCGAAUGCGGAUGGAAGCCUGAGGGUGAAAGUGAUUUGUCUCGGCGACAGUGCAGUGGGAAAGUCAAAGCUCGUCGAAAGGUUUCUCUUGGACAAAUAUAAGCCGCAGCAAAUAUCGACUUAUGCAUUAACUCUGUUCAGGCAUAAAACAGAGGUCAACAACGAGGAUGUCGUCGUAGACUUUUGGGAUACAGCUGGACAAGAACGGUUCAAAACGCUGCAUGCAUCUUAUUACCAUCAAGCCAAUGCUUGCAUACUGGUAUUCGAUGUUACGAGAAAAAUCACGUACAAAAACCUCACGAAUUGGUACAAGGAACUGCGUGAAUUCAGACCACAAAUCCCGUGCAUCUGCGUCGCUAAUAAAAUUGACGCUGAUAUGUCAGUCGUGAAGAAAUGUUUCAAUUUUCCCAAGAAGCAUAACUUGCCCUUCUUCUUCGUGUCGGCUUCGGACGGUACAAAUGUGGUCAAGAUGUUUCGCGAGGCCAUACAUGCAGCUGUGGAGUACAGGAAGAAUCCAACCGAUUUCGUGGACGAAGUUUUACAAGAAUUAGAGGGAUUUAGCAGCGGAGAAGAUGAGGGUACCGAAGAAUCAAGCAGCAAAUAGCGUUAUAUGUUAGCCGAUCGACGUCAAUUUAAAAUUAUGACCUCUGUUUGCUGCACGUUUGUAUGUUUCACUUAAUACUCUUCAUUAAUUUUGUGGCGUGUAUA